GGGUGGAUGCAAGGCAUAGGUGUUGCUCUCUUUUUUUCAAUAAAUCUUAACCCUUAAAUUACUUUGAUAGAUUCAAAUCCAAUGGCAUAUAUUAAUGGUACAUAAGCCAAAUCUUUCCUCAAGGAAAUCCUAUCGCGCGUGCACCGCCAUUCAGAACCCGUCGUCCUCCCAACCCGGCCGGCAAUUAAACGUCGCACCACCGUCGUGUUUAGGAAAGGUAAGGCGCAAGGUCAAAACUGUGGUGAAGAAGAAUGAGUUACAUGUUAACUACGUUGUCGCAAAAGAGAGAGGUUGAUUCCAUCAUCAGAGAUACCAUUGAUAAGGUUCUUGUUCUCCGCUUUGGUCGUGGUUCUGAUCCUAUCUGUCUGCAGCUUGAUGAAAUUCUUUCUAAAGCAGCAAGAGAGGUGUCCAAAUUUGCAACUGUGGCACUGGUUGAUAUUGACUCUCCGGACAUUCAAGUCUAUGUCAAAUAUUUUGAUAUCACAUUAAUUCCAUCUACAGUGUUUUUCUUCAAUGCUCAUCACAUGAAAAUGGACUCCGGGACUGCGGAUCAUACUAAAUGGAUCGGUGCUUUUCACAAAAAGCAAGACUUCAUUGAUGUGGUAGAGACAAUAUUUAGAGGAGCAAUGAAUGGAAAGCUCAUUGUGAAUUGUCCUCUCCCACCUGAAAGGAUACCAAAAUACCAAUUACUGUAUAAGGAUGUCUAAAAUUUAUACUCAAACCACCCUCCCCUUUUUUCCCUUUCCCUUAAGCGCGGGGAUAAUUGACUUGCAGAUUAGGGACAAUUUUAGGGGCUCUGAACCCUAAAUUCAUGUUUUCUCCCUAUCCACCGAAGAAUUCAAGCCUUGGGAAAAAUCUCGGAGCUUGGACGGACCAUCCAGUGACCAACAUCUCUUCAUCAUCCUAGUUUUACCUCUCUUUACUCUUUCAUGCAAUUUUAGGGUUCUUGGUUCAGCCUAGAGCUUUUGCUCAAGAGAUUGAGAUUAGUCUAAUUAAGUGAAUUUGAACUUCAAUUGCAUGAAUUUGACUUGUAUAUAGAAAUUGUCCAGAUCUUAUCACAUAUACAGUUCAAUAUUCAACUAUAUCCAACUACAAGAGUUGAUCAGCCAAAUUUUAAAUAACACAAACUCAAACUCAAACAUGAUCUUUAUUUAGAAAUACAAGUUAUCAUAAGCUGAUUCAUACAAUAUAGACCAAAUAGAGUCAUCAAUAGCUGGCAGUAAUAUUAUUGAUGUUGUCCGAGCUGCUCCUUAGUUGUCUCCAAGACUGAAGUGAAGGACCAUGAAUAGAUCUCAUGUGAUUGAGCAGUCCCUGAAGAAGCAGAUAUACCAACCACAACCAUCUCUGGUAGCAACCAUUUCAAAUCAAGCUGUUGAGAAAGUGUGGAAUGUUGACCAUCUUCAUCAGUGGCAACAACAGUCAAGGUACUAGAGAGAGUUAUAAAUGAUUGUUAUUGUCACCAUUGUAUCAUACUUAUAUCUCCAACUCAUUAUUUUGGUCGAAUAUAAUGAGUUAAGAUGGAUUCCAAUAUGUGUAUAGUUGGGAUCCCAUGGAUUGACAUAAUUGUCAAAAUUCUUACACUUGAUCG